UUCAAACUUCUGAACCAACAAAAAGAAUAUUAGGUUGAAUGACAUUUUCAACCUCCGUCCUUUCUUGCGUUUUUUUUUUGGUUUCACCCCAUCUUUUUUCUUUUUUCCCUUCUUUUUCAUACUGUCCUUCUUCAUAUACAUAAAUAUCUACAUUCAUAUAUAUAAUAUGUCUUCUAAUCAGCAACGACUUCGAAUAGGUCAAUAUCAAAUUAUCAAAACAAUUGGAACUGGUUCUUUUGGAAAAGUCAAACUGGCUGUACAUGCUGUUACCAAUCAAAAAGUCGCUUUAAAAUUCAUCAAUCGAAAGAAAAUAGCAACUAUGGAUAUGAGUGGACGAGUAAAACGUGAAAUUCAGUAUUUAAAACUAUUACGACAUCCUCAUAUUAUUAAACUGUAUGAAGUCAUCACUACUGCCACUGAUAUUAUUAUGGUCAUAGAAUAUGCUGCUAGGGAACUUUUCAAUUAUAUUGUCGAAAAGGGCAAGAUGUCAGAGGAUGAUGCCCGGAGGUUUUUUCAACAAAUCAUAUGCGCUGUUGAAUAUUGUCAUCGUCAUAAGAUUGUUCACAGAGAUUUGAAACCAGAAAAUUUAUUACUGGAUGCUAAUAAUAAUGUAAAGAUCGCUGACUUUGGAUUAUCAAACAUCAUGACUGAUGGUGAUUUUUUGAAAACAAGCUGUGGAAGUCCAAACUAUGCUGCACCAGAAGUGAUAUCUGGAAAACUUUACGCAGGUCCUGAAGUAGAUGUUUGGAGUUGCGGUGUUAUUCUCUAUGUUAUGCUUUGCGGACGACUUCCUUUUGAUGAUGAAUAUAUUCCAACUUUAUUCAAGAAGAUAAACGGUGGUAUUUAUACGAUGCCUUCGUUUCUAAGUCCGGAAACGAAAUAUUUACUAACGUCAAUGUUAGUGGUUGAUCCAUUAAAACGAAUCACCAUUCAGGAAAUUAGGCAAAAUCCAUGGUUCAACACCAAUCUUCCAGAUUAUCUACGACCUCUCCCACAAACAGAAGAAGAACUAUAUCAAUCAAUUGACGAAACAGUGGUAGAGGAAUUACACAAAAAAAUGGGUUACACAUCUGAAGCAAUCCAUCGUGCAUUAAAUGAUACAGAGAAUAAUCCUUUAAAGGUGGCAUAUCAAUUGGUUUUAGAUCAUAAACGGAUGUUGGAAGGAUCACAAAAAACAGAUGUACAGAGUUUCUUUGCUACUUCACCACCGCCUUGGAAUGCCGCUUUUGAAGAACGAAUAUUACAUCAACAAAAACAACAAUUACAAGAGCAUGGUAUAUCUUCAUCACCAUCACAUCAACAAGAGGAUGAUGAAGGUAAAUGCUUAGAUCCUGCAUCAUCUAUCACUGUUUUAAGUUCAAGUCUUCCAAAGAAUGAUGAAUCUUUUCAACGCACGGAAACACAUAGCGGAUCUCAGGCAACAGGUAUAGUUCCAUCAAAUGUUUCAGCCAUUCGUAACGCAGUACAAGAAGGAUCAACACGUCAUUUAUCUACAACGACAAAGAAAUUAUCCUCAUCACGAACGACAUCCUCUAGAUCAAAGUGGCAUUUCGGUAUUCGAAGCAAAUGUCCAGCUUGGGAAGUUAUGUUGGAAAUAUAUCGUUCUUUAAAAAACGUUGGUAUGGAAUGGAAAUCAUUGGAUACUUAUCAUUUACGAUGUCGUUACGUAUAUCCAACAUUGAAUAUCAUUGUCAAAUUCGAUCUUCAGUUAUACAAACUUGAAAAUAAUAGUUACUUGGUGGAUUUUAAAAAUGUUGGUACAUCUUCUAAUCGAAAUAAUACUAGUAGUCAAACAACUGAUGCAACAGCAGGAUCAGCAAUGACAGAUGGCACUCCUUCUCCUUUCAUUAUGUUACGAAAAGAAAUGGAACGACAACAACAGCAAUAUCGACAAUCUAAUGACUUGGAGGAACUAAGUCCUUGGCUUCGAAGAAGAUUAUCAUUAUCUGGAGAACAUGUUAAUAGUGUGUAUCCCUUUCUGGAUGUCUGCAGUAAACUUAUUACAGAUAUAGUGUAAAUUUAUUUAUUCCUUUUUUUUUUUUUUGUCAAUAAAUAAGCACCAUUAAAAGUAAACAUAGACAUAAAAACUUGAUUUUGAAACUUUUUUUUUAUUUCCAUUGAAAAGAAAGAUUUUAUACUGGUUGAGUACAACUUCCCAUCGCAAGCAUUAUCUUGAUCUGGUAAUAAGGGUUUGGAAUUCUC